AUGGCCGCUUCUGACGCGAAGCCUUUCUGGAAGGACGAUGAGAUUGCUGUGGACCGAGACGGCAUUCCUCGCUUUACUGGAGCCAAGCCAGAGCUGAUGAAGGAGUACCGCAGAAGAGUGCUUUUUGCCUACAACAACCUCGAGGGCAGUGGCGACGACGAAGCCAAGGAAGCUCGGAGUUUGAAGAAGAAGAAAGCACGCUUUGCCAAGCGACUCCUGGAUGCUCUACAUGGUGAGGCAUGGCGCUCGUAUCAAGAUCUGCUUCUGGACGCGGAAGGCUUGCGAAAAGAGGACGGCUACAAGAAGGUCUUUGCUGCCCUGCAGUCGAUCGAGAAGGUCGGCGUGAUCAAGAAGACGGAGGCCUUUGACCACUUCUUCGAACGCUGCUACCGGAGGCGAGGCCAGUCCAUCGACCAGUUCCUGCGGACACGAAGCGAGGGCUGGAGCGACCUUCGAGACCUGGCCGAGGGGAUCAACAUGAGCGAGGACCUCCUGGCCUACUUCUUGCUCAAGAGUGCCAACCUCAGUCGUGAAGAAAGGCGACAGAUUCUGCUGGCAAACCAGUCCGACUACAGUUUGGCAGGAAUUGAAAAGGCCCUUCGCGUCUCGUUCUUUGACCUCCACGAGAAGGAGAAGGGACGUGACUGGAGCUCGACCGCAACGAGGAAGCCAGCCAAAGGCUUCGGCAAGCGAAGCUAUACUUGGCCGAGGACGGCCGAGCAGCGCGAGCAGGAGGAGUUCUCGGACGUUGGCGCGUCGAACGACGACGAGGUCUACGAAGCCUAUGUCACCUACAAGGACUCGCGAAAGAAGUUGAAGGAGAUACAACGUUACAGAGGCUUCGUGAAGAACCGCGACGACCAGGUGGAGGACCGACGUCUUGCUGUGCAGCGAGAGAAGCAGAGGACAAGGUGCUCUGCCUGCAACAAGCUGGGCCACUGGGCAGGUGAUGCCAUCUGUCCUCGUCGUUCUGGAGGCGGGCCAGCAAGGGGAUCCUCGAGCAAGGGUUGUGGCAAGAAGGGUCGAAGCUCCUCAUCUUCCAAAGGGUCUGGCAAAGCCUACUUUGUGUCAGAGGCCAAGCCGCUGUUCUUCUCCCUCGGCGCUGACGACGAUCAGGAGGAGCAGUUCUGCAACAUGGUCCGUGACACCGACGGCGAGAAGGACAUGGAGCAGGACGCCGGCAACACGUACCUCGAUAAGCGCCGAAAGGAGCCAGGGCGGAGCCAGAGAGCGACAGUUCCGCUUGGGAGGCCGUUGCACCGCCGUAUCCCAUGGCAAGCAGCAGUGCAGUGCCUGAGGAGUUUGCCCCUUUCGUGCCCAAGCGUGACGCCCCGAAGCCCAAGGAGCAGGACCAGCGCAUCAUCGUCAGUGUGCCGGCCGACAAGAUCAAGAAGAUCCACGUCAAGUCCUUGGCCCUCGCGCGCCCAGCAGGCUUGGAAGAGAUGA